UUUGCUUGGAGACGAACAGCUAUACAAAUGUGACAGAUCUCCAAACGCUCCUAAAUACCAAAUCAUUUACAUGGCUGCUUUGAGGAAAAAGGGAAGAUCUCCUAUAAUGACCGCAGCCGUAAGCUGCUCCCGCUUGAGAAAGGUCCAGGCACUGUUGAGGGAUGAUGUUAAUACAGCUCCAGAUGGCAUCCUCUGUUCCCUGGGUAUUGACAGCCGCUACAAUGAUGGCUGCAGUGAGCUAGCCAACUACCUUUUCUGUGGCCUGUACAAACGGAACCAUUUUGACAUGGAGAAGGUCCCAGAGGACUUUCCAGAAGAGGAUGUGCUAGAUGAUGUGGUCUUCCUUAUUAAGGCAGAGUGUGUGCAUCUGUACUGCAACCCUGUGAAUUAUGGCUACCUGCUUCCAUAUGUAUCUCACUGGAGGAAUCUGCACCUCCACUGUCUGACUGAGACAGAGUAUGAGGAUGAAGAGGCAGCAGAGGAAUUUAAGAUCUCAAGCUUUGUGUCCAUGGUUCAAGACUGCCGUUGUAUUGGAAUCCCCUACAGUUCCCAUGGCCAUGUUCAGACCUUUGACAUGUUUAUGUUGGAGAAAUGGCCUCUCAUUCAGGCAUUUGCACUAGAAGGAAUAGGUGCUGGAGUGUUUUUCACCAUGAAAUACAAGCUGAGAGAUGUGAGUCAGAGACUCUGGCAAGUCUAUAGCAAAUUAGACCCAGUGUCCUUAGACAAGCUUCUCAAUGAGGACCUGCAGCUUUUUGAAAGACAGUGGAGCUGCCUUUUCUCCAGUAUGGAAAUAGAGAGUGCUCUGUCCAUGCAGGAACUGUCAGAGGCCCAAGUUGCAGAGCCUUUCAGAACAUAUUAUUCGCAUGGUCUCAUUUCCAGCAAUAUCACAGACACAAGUAAAAGUAGGCAGCCGUUUGUCUUGUUUGGGAGUCACUCAGCUAAGGAGGAUCUGGAGAAUUACUGUUUCACCUUCCCCUCUGAAGGCCACCAGGUCCGCAACACUGGGCACGGUGGGGGUGUCACCAAACACAUGCUGCUACAGUGUGUGGCCCCUAAAGGGCCACUGGCCUGUGCUCGAACUUAUUUCUUUGGAAGCUCUCACGUCCCAUACCUGGGAAAUGACAACACCCAGCAGAAGAGCACUGAGCUCCAGCUCCUUUCACAAAUCUACUCAGCUGCAGUUCAGUCUGUACUGGCAGGAAUCAAAUGUUUUUCCAUCAACUCCAGUGCUAAUAAGGCAAAGGAUGUAGCAGAGCAAACAUUUCAGCUGGCCUUGGACAAAUUUGGGUUGAUUCAGUACAGGGGAGCUCUCAGGUCCAAAGCAGUGUUUAGCAUACAGGCUGUGAACAAUGUUGGAAUAAUUAUUCCACUCAGUGAUGAGGACAGUCGCUUUCUGGUUAAAACCGCUUCCAUGGUGGUAUAUGAUAUCCCAGAACUUCAGUGUGGAAGAAACCUGGGAUCAGUAGUUUUCUCUGAGUCCUUUCUAGACUCCAGUGUUUUCAUUCAGCAGAGAGAUGGCGCUCUUUCCUCAGACAGCUGUUUUACUGUGCUCACCUCCUCAGUUCCUCGCCAUGUCUGCUGGCUGGUGGAUGAGGCUGAUGUGCGAAUGUCUGAACAGGCUCAAACUAUGCUGAAGGAAGUGAAUGGUACAUGUUUAGGCAUUCCACUGACAGUGAGAGACUCUGCCUAUAUGUUCACCAACAGCCUGCUGUCUACACCUGAGGAAGGUCAGAUUUUACCUCUACAGGAAGGUCAAUUGUGUAUAGGCAUUGUUGUUUUUCUAAUGUUUUGUUGUCCUGUAGGGAAGCUGGUAUUUUUCUCUGAGGGUAUUCUGUUUGUACAUCCACAUCAUGGCUCCAUCACACUCUCUAUGAGUCAUAUCAACACCAUUAAACUCCAUGACGGGGGCUCUUUGUCCGAUAUGUCAAUGCUGUUUAUAGAGUAUCAGACCUCUCUGCUACCACAUCUUCCAUUCCCUUUGCACAGCAAUGAGCACUCUCUGGCUAUUGCGCUACUGCCCAGAACCAAGAGCUACCAAAGCUUCUAUUCACAAGUCCUGCCAGCUUGGCGUAAGUCAGACUCUGGGCUGAGAGUGCAACAUGUUCUACAAGAUCAGCUGAGCCCUGAGCACAAGAGCAUGUACUUCAGGAUGUUGAAGCUUCACGAGACACAUGCUUCAGCAACAAUUAGCCACAGAGCUGUUCUGAAGACUGCUUAUCCACAGCUACCAGAGCAGGAAAGGUUCCAACUGCAUUUUGCAAUCAGCAGUAGUGUGGGUGAAGAGUCUAUCUGUAGCGACCACCUGUCUACUGUCUUUUCAGAUAUAGUGUCUGACAGCACCAAACCUGAAUCCAAAAAAAAGGUGGUCCUCACGAUCAUUGCAGGUUUGCCGGGCAGUCAUAAGGAGAGUCUGUGUGAUUUCUUAAUGGAAGUGAAUCAGAAAAGUGCCAGAUGGGAGGUGUUUUGCCCUACUUUGGAGUGCACAGAGGAGUUCAGUGCACCACAUCUGCAGAGGUUCCUGAGCAGCCUUGUGGCCAAACAGAGAGAGUACUCCUCCAGAGUUCUGCUGCUUAUACCAGGGUACACUGAUGUGAUGGAUGUAAUCCAAGCUAUCACGGCUCAUCCAGACCCCCUAGUUCACAGCCGAAUAACCGUUGGUGCCAUCUCAGCCUGUGUCAACCCACUCAUGUCCUUCAUUAAACACAGGCUUCUCUUCCCAAAACUAUUGGAGCAGUGCAGUCAUGGAAUUGUCAGCAAUGUUGUCUUCACGGGUUUGGCUACCGAGCAGAAGCACCCACUUCUUAAACACAUGCAGCAGCUGGUCCGGUCAGCCAAUCCCAGCACAGCAUUUAUCUUAGCAGAGAAAGGGGCUGUCAGAAGGACUGAAGAUAUGAGGCUCAUCCUGAAUGACAGCAGUUUCUCACAGUCUCAUAUGAUCAAUGCACGAUACCUACUGUAUCCUGGCUGGUGGGAAGGCAGGUUUGUGUCUGGAAGUGGCUUUUUGUCUAUGUCUCAGCACUGUAUUGAGUUCAGUCGUCCUUUGGAAAGAACAUUAUUUCUGCAGAACUUUAAAGCUCUGAAAUCCUCUCUCAGACCCAGCCCUUUCACAGGAAACAUCUAUCACAUAAGUGGGAAAGUGCUGUUUUCUGACAAUGACAGACUGAUGGUGGUUAACUGUAACUCUAUCAGUGGGAAUGUGACCAUUGCUCCUGAUCAAGGGACUCAACAUGGCUCACGGACAACAGAGAACUGUUACCUAAUGUUUCAUGGAGUGGGGCUCACUCAGGAGGCCCUGAAAGACUGGCUCCGGCAUUCUGCCAAACAGAAAGUGCCAAAGAAGUUAAAGAAGAACCAGAGAAUGCUGACCCCUCAGGAGAUCAAAUACAUUCAUGUGAAAAGGCACCUGGAUCCUCUCCCUCCUGGUUACUUCUACAACGGUCAUCACUUUGUCAGUUUCUAUGGAGAGAAACAGCAUUUCCAUCCUCUGAUGGACCAGUUCAUAGAGGAAUAUGUGCAGCAGGCCAAUAAUGAGAUUGAGUGCUUCAACAAAGAGGUGGACCUUCAGCCACAUGCUGACCUCUUUGACCCUUAAUUCCCUCAUCUGACAAAUUCUCUUGCUGGGGGGAGAGAAGGGGGGUCACUACAAUCACUUAUGUCCACUUUCCAAUUACCUACGCAAAACUAUACAUUUUCAGAU